AUGGUCAGCCCUGACGCAUUUGGCCUGCCUGGCUUGAGUCUGUCAGACAUCAAUUGGCUUUCGCCUGGCCCGAUCGACUUAGAUGCGCUGCUCGCAAACAUUGGAGAAAACGCUCAUGGUAAUGCGGAGCAACGGUCCUGUUCUAUCGCUACCACAACGCCGUCAGCUCCAGCGAUCCCUACAGUCCAGCCCUCGCCGCAUCUAAACACGACUGACUUCAACACGGGAAAUACACCAAGAGAAAUUACCUUAGAAAGAUCUGCAUCAGUCUCGGAAAACAGAUAUUACGUUGACGGAACUGGUGCCAGGGCCCCAUUUGGUGGCAAAGGCCAACAUUCAAUCUGCUCAGAGGAAACCAUAGACUUGGAAGAAGAGGAAGCCAAUGUUGCUAUUGCGCCGGCCCAAACCUCGAGCAGAUCCUCCCUAUGUCCGUUGGCAGCAUACCAAUCUUUGAUAGAAGGCAUCGCUACUGAAAGUCGCAAGUCCCUCAUCGAAGUAAACUCGUCGAGCUUACCUACGCAUGAACAAGUGGCCGUGUCCGUUCGUCAAUACUUCGAAUACUUCCAUCCCAUUUUUCCAUUCUUGAGGCGAUCUUCUUUCGCACUCGAUGCUUCUAAGAGCUGGCUCUUAUUACUCGCCGUCUCGGUCGUCGGCUCGAGAUACUUGCAGCUAUCACAGCAUGCACGACUGAGUGAGCAACUUUUCGACCUACUAGGCGCAAUCCUUACGCGUUCCAAGUAUGGUAUAGAGUUGCAGGUUGCACUAGGUGACAAGGACGUCGAUUACGUACCUAGCUGUUCAGCUCAGUUUGACAUCGUCCCUAGCAUACGUGUCCUACAGGCCGGUAUUUUAAAUAUCGCUUGCAUGCUUCACUCUGGCAGAAAGGCUCUCGUUGAACGCGCCUUGAUAGAACGACACUAUUUAGUCGAAGCUUGCCACUCACUUCAAUUGCUCGUCCAGUCGGAGGGACCUUACAACUUCAAAACGACAACUAAUUUUGACUACGAUGAUCUUCUUGUUGAAUGGCAGAUGAGAGAGUCAAAAAUCCGCACUGGGAUGAUGAUAUGGACUGUUGAUACUUUGUUCGUUUACGAGUUUCAAGCCAAACCUCUGCUUCGAAUCGAAGACAUCGGUACAGUUCUGCCAUGUCAUGAAGAUGUAUGGGAGCAUCCAGCCUUGAUCCAACAAAACCAAAAAAGUAUCCCUGAUAUUACGCUUACAGAGGCCUUGGAGAUGAUGUAUGUUGAGAAGCGGCUACCAACUGGCCUCGGAGAGUUUAGCAUGGGAUUGCUUGUCACUACCAUCUACCGACACACUGUCGAUAUUCUGGCUAGGGAUAGAAUCCAACUCAACUCGUGGACACCAACAUCCACACCACAACGACGUAACGUCAUGCCAUCCGUACAGCAAGAUUGGUUACCGACAACGCGGUUGGCAACUAAGUGGCGCAACAGCGCUUGUGAUUGCUUAGAUGUUCUACACUGGCCUGCGAAUAGCAAGGUCGCUCGCCACUCGGGUUUCGAGCACCACACUAUUCUCCAGCUGCAUCUAGCUCGUCUAAUCAUUCUGGCUCCGACUAGCGCUAUACAAAAAUUUGCUUCGGGCUCUGCGUCAAUAGAAAACAUCCAGGGCGAUAGGGAUAGCCAGUCAUCUGCUACAGCUCGUAUCCAGGUUCUACAGUGGGUCAUUCGAGAUCACUGCAAAGCCAGACUUUGCUUGGUACACUGUGGAGCUUUGUUCUGGCACAUCCGCAGGUACAGCUGUAGCAGUCUCCUCGAGCCAUAUGCAGUCUAUAUUGCGACUCUCGUACUCUGGGCCUUUUGUAUCUGCAUGCAACUUCCUGAAGCCGCCGAAGCUAUUGCCUCCGAAUCUGACGAAGAGCCAGAGCCAUCAUUUCUCCACCUUGAUCGGCCAUUAGACGAUGAGCUAGUCCAAACAUAUGUGCGGAUGGGCCAUAAGAUGUCGGCUUACAUCGCCAAUGUCGGCAGCCUUGAACAUGAAGCAGCCCCAAUGCGUAUUGCAAGAGAAGGGAUAUCUUUAUUAGCCAAAGACACUGAGCAUGCGUCAGGUUCCGACUACAGUUCUACAUCACGUGCCAAAGACGUAUGUUAUACAUGGGGCAUCGAAAGGUCUUAUAUAAGCCUACUGCAUCUUCUCGCAAAGGCGCAAUGA